AUGCGCCUAGACAUUUCUCCUCUCGAGCAAGUUGACUUCAGCCCUCGGGAUGCCUCCGCCAGCUCUAAUAAGCUCGCCUCAGAGUGUACCCAGAGCAUCCAAUUUUUACUUGAUCGCAGCGGCCCUCCACAGGUGGGACCUCCAGUAAGAGCGACCAAGAUGGCUAUCCGGCUAGCUGAGGCAGACUUGAGCAGUGGUAUAGUGAAGCUCGAUGUAGGAGCAUCCAACACUCCAUUUGAUGUUCAUUUGGAACUGUUAUGUGCCUGUUCACCCUACUUUGAUACGCUAUUCCAGUGCCGUUUUGACCAGCCUCUGGCCGAUCCGAUCAUUCGCUUCCCCGAAGAUGAUGCACAGGCCUUUGCCCAGGUUAUUCUUUGGAUGUACCGUGGCAAUGAUUCUCUCAAGCCGCUUGGUGAAAAGAAACUAGCUGUAUUGGUUCGACUGUGGAUUCUCGCGAGCAAGCUUGAAAUGGUCGACCUUCAGAAUGAGGUGAUGCGGAUCUGCACAGAAAAGACCAACGCAUCGACAAACAAGAUUGUGGGCAUGGACGUGAUUGAGGACAUCUAUACCCACACUCUGCCCGAAUCCCCAAUGCGUUCCUUAGCAGUGGAUGUAUGGGUGCGAAAUGCAAGCUCUCUUGAGUUUGAUAGAAGACGAGAGGGACUCCCACGGUCGUUUCUGGAAGACCUCUGUCGUGGAUUCAUUAGAAAAAGAGAUAAUUGGGGUGCACCAGAUACGGUCUGCACAUUCGCUGAGGAUGAUUAUAAAGUUUUUCCUCCAUUGGGCGACAGGUUAGGAACGCUGUUACCACGAAGAACAGAGGAGGCCGAAAUAUGGCGUCCUGCUUCUGAGGCUCAGAUGGAAUCACGAAAAAUCAAAAUUCCCCGCUCUCGCAUCAGAGAUACGCCAGAGACAUCGGCUUCCACGCCCCGUGAUAACGAUGGAAAUAUUAAUAAGCAACCGCAUAUAACCGAACAAAUGAUGGAAUUGAGCAUCUUGCCAGCAUCAGAUGAAAAGCAGGGAAUCACCGAAUGCAUCUCAGGUCAAUAG